CUACUUGGGGAUCAGUAUGGAUGUGGCAGCCGGACAGGGGAUGUCUGUGACGGGGGUCCGACUGCGGAACCAACCGGCGCAAAUGAUGCCGAUCCAGAAGAAGGUGAAAGCCAGACGGAAAGGAAGAAAGAAGUUGGUUUUAAUCCAGAUCUGUUUGUUCGGAGGCUUGCUUCUGUUCGUUAAAGGCUUUUCCUUCUUAGCGGAGAAUUCAGGGUUUCACAUCUCCAGUCACAGCACAGAGGACCAGGAGAGAUUGGGUGGGAGGAGGCUACUGCAGGAAAUGGACAACAGCAGCCUGGAGGAAAUGGAGAGUGAAGAAUCUAAGAAUUGCACUGCACCAGCUCUGCACGAGUUCCCUACAGACCUGUUCACACACAAAGAGAGAACCGAAGGAGCUGUGGCCCUACACGUCCUCUGUACCAUCUACAUGUUCUGUGCCCUGGCUCUGGUCUGUGAUGACUACUUUGUCCCCUCCCUGGAGAAGAUAUGUGAGCGUCUCCAUCUCAGUGAGGAUGUCGCAGGUGCUACGUUCAUGGCUGCAGGCAGCUCUGCUCCUGAGCUCUUCACAUCUGUCAUAGGGGUGUUUAUCACCAAAGGUGAUGUGGGAGUGGGUACCAUUGUGGGCUCAGCUGUCUUCAACAUCCUCUGUAUCAUCGGUGUAUGCGGCUUCUUUGCUGGCCAGGCAGUGAAGCUCUCACAUUGGGCUCUUCUCCGAGACUCAAUCUAUUACACCUUUUCUAUCAUCGCCCUCAUUGUAUUCAUAUACGACGAGAAAGUGUGCUGGUGGGAGUCUCUAGUCCUGGUCAUCAUGUAUGCAGUCUACAUCCUUAUUAUGAAGUUUAACGGCAGGGCACAACGCUACUUUGACCGUCGAAAGAAAGGCUCUGUAAAUCUUGCCAAUGGGUUAACAGGAAGUACUGACCUGGAGGACGUCACAUGUGAUGCUACUGCAGUGCUGCUUCAGAAAGCUAAUUUCCACUGUAAGCCAUCAGUGCUGAUGGUCGAUGAGCUGCUGUCUGCGUAUCCACACCAGCUGUCUUUUUCUGAAGCUGGAAUGAGGAUCAUGAUCACCAGUCAUUUCUCCCCCCGAACUCGUCUCACCAUGGCAUCACGCAUGCUUAUCAAUGAGAGACAAAGAUUGAUCAAUACCACUGAGACUCGAGUCAACCGCAUCACUAACGGCGACUCGGAAUCAGCAGGCAGAACUCAGGGGAGGCGGGGCUUAGAGAAUGGGAUGGGCGGAGCCGAGCAGGGUCUGAACAGGAGGUGCAGACUUCAGCGGUUGGAGUCUGGCAACGAGACCGAAAACGAAAACGAGGACAAUGACAAUAAUGAGAAUGACGAGGAGGGAGAGGAUGACAAUGAGGGUCCUCUGGUGCCUUUCAGACCUCCAGCUGGUGUGUGUAACAAGCUCAAGUGGCUGACCAUGUGGCCGCUGUCCCUGCUUCUGUUCUUCACCGUGCCCAACUGUGCCAAACGGCGCUGGGAAAAAUGGUUCAUGGUUUCCUUCCUCACCGCCACCAUCUGGAUCGCUGGCCUCUCUUACAUUAUGGUCUGGAUGGUGACUGUAGUUGGUUUUACCCUGGGCAUCCCUGAUGUGAUCAUGGGCAUCACCUUCCUCGCUGCAGGCACCAGUGUCCCAGACUGUAUGGCCAGUGUUAUAGUGGCACGACAAGGUAUGGGCGACAUGGCCAUCUCCAACUCCAUAGGCAGUAAUGUGUUUGACAUCCUGGUGGGCCUGGGCCUGCCCUGGGCGCUGCAAACACUCUGCAUCGAGUACGGCUCCAACGUUCACCUGAACAGCAGAGGACUAAUUUUCUCCGUUGGGCUUUUAUUAGCCUCAGUAUUCUUCACAGUCCUCGGUGUUCAUUUGAACAAGUGGACUCUAGACCGGCGACUGGGCUUGGCCUGCAUCAUCAUAUACGCCAUCUUCCUGUGUUUCUCCAUUCUCAUCGAGUUUAACGUCUUCAUCUUUGUCAACCUCCCUAUGUGCCGAGACAUCCACUGACAUUCUUCUUCUUCCCCUUCCUUUUCUUCUUCUUUUUUCUUGCUUCUUCCAUGGCUAACUGGAGAAACCUAAACCUGGAUUCCACCUUCUUGACGCCUUGGUACCCAGUCCUUCCUUUUUUCUGAUUAGAAAAUAUAAUUCUGUAUGGUUCACCUUUGGUGCGAUACAACACAAGAGAGAGGAUCGUUAUGGUUGUGUUUGUGGAUGGGACAGGAGGCACAAAAUGAAAGUCUCAGCAACACAGAUUGUAGCCAGUCAUGGUGUGAUGGAUAGAAAUGUUGACUAGGGCGACCGCAACUGGACUGAGGCUACUGCUGGUGGAGUUGCUGGACCGGACUGGAUUGGACUAACUGGUGGAAAAGCGAGGAAUCUUGCGCUAUAACAGCGAUUUUUAGCUGGAUUGUUUGUUACUCUUUGUACAAGUUUGGAUAUAAGCACACAAUUAAGAUAUUUUUAAGAAAAAACUGGCUUUCUCUGUUUAUAUUUGAGGAUUCUAUACAGUAAGUAUAUAUAGUAGUCAGUAUAUGGGAGUUUCAUAUGCAUCACUGUAACGCUGUGUUGCACAGUGUUGCUACAGCACAGUGAUUGGAUGGAUUUGCCGGUAGUGCACUCUGAACACUGCAAUGUGUCUCCCUCGCUCCAAAUCAGCCAACUUCGCAUGCUGUACUAGCCACAAAUCAACUUUUAACUUUGCACUGACAGACAAAAGUUUGGAUAUUUAACACUAAUUCAAUAGAGUCCACUCUUGGCUGUUAACUUUCUCUCUACUGGCAUAUCUGAGUAGAUGUGGGUCUUUUUAUUUGUUUGUUUGUUUGUUUCAUAAAACCCACAUAGGAAAGGGAUUUCCCUGGAAAUUAUACCCAGCACUGUCACUUUAUUGAUUAGAAAUAAGAUUAUAUCAUUGCAAAGCAUCUACAGGUAAUCAAACAUGUAACUACUGACUUUUCCUAUAAAGGAUAGACCUCCUGUAUUAUAUGAAAAUGUUAGUUUUUAGUUUCUAAGUAAUGUGUAAUAUUGUCACUUCUUAAAGCCAAAAGUAUUUUUAGAAUAAGACUAUGUAGAUUUGGACCGAGGAGUCAGCCCGACUGCACAGUGUGUGUGUGUGUGUGUGUGUGUGUGUGUGUCUUUGUCACAGUCUUGAGGGGAACCAAAGAUACCACUGUUACUGGGAAGACAUAAUCAUGAUUUAUUUAUGAAUUAAUUUAUUCAAAGGUUAUGUCUAAACUCCAGUUUCAGCUCUUUGGAUCAUGUACAGUGUAUUCAAUGGAACACUGUCCCAUCUCCCAAGACAGAGCUGUACAAUGUACUGUACCUAAUAUAUAUAUAUAAUCUAAAUACUGGAAACUGACUUGAUGUUGUUUAUAUUUAAGAAUGGAACUUUGUAAUUUAUAAGUUUUGUAUAGUUUGGAAAGAUUCUGCAACAUUUGUACAAAAACUGAACAGUUUUCAAAGAUGAUGCACAACGUGUUAUCCUGCCUGUGUUUUGGUGAUGAUGGACUAGAACUGCAACCUUUAGAACCCUUUCACAUAUUCCUGAUAACAUGGUGGGCUAAUCCCUUCACAUGUUAAAUUAGCAAUGGAGGGGAUAUAUUCAGAAAAGAGCAGGAAAAAGUGAUACUUAAAGCUGCGUAUGACUUUCGUCACCAAUUUUUCAUCAAA